AUGUCCGUCUCUUUAACUAGCAUCCUCGAUUCGCUGGGCAAGGCUGGUACAAGACAGCCACGUCCGCCAGUUGGCAUGGCCAUACGGAGUGGAGGAAGAACGCAGAUACAAGCUGUGCGAUGCCAGGCCGGCUCCGACACCGAUACCGACACCGACAUCGUCACCAAGAGGACGAUGUCAUGGACAUCUUUGUCCGAGGUCGAUGGAUUUAUGCUAUGGAGCCAACUCCUUCCUGGCAGUGCUUUAAAGACUCGCAAUGAGGCGCACUGGAUCCUACGUACCUGA